UGUCUUAAAAUUGUUCCAUCGGUGUCUCCGUAGGACAAACCUGCUACUCUGUUUUGAGACAAUCAUUAAGCUAGCUGUUCCCACACUGUAUCUCAGUUACGCUACUAUUACAAGAGCCUGCGUGAUGGUUUUGACUCAAAGAUGACCAGCACCCUGAGCGUAUGACCGACAGAAAACCUUUCACUUAGCAGGUCAAAUUUAAGGUUCCACACAGGGUGACCCAUGCUUUCUGAUGAGCUUGACUCCAAACCAGAGCUGCUGGUGCAGUUUGUACAAAACGCUUCCAUCCCGUUGGUGCAGGGUCUGGAGGACUCGGAGUCCAAACACUCCUGCCUGCCUCUGCUGGCUCCAGCUGAGAGCUCACUGUGCAGCCCGCUGGAGCUCACAGAUGGAGGCUUGAGCCAUGAGCCUGAGAGUUCUCCAUCCCUGUCAGAGUUCGGAGGUGUGUCGGAGCGGAGCCCUUUAGUGGUCCAGACACACUCACACUCCCGGGCCUCACCCAGCCCACCGCCCAUCCUCCAUGACUUACAACAAUCAGACAGCACUUCCUACGUCCUGCUGAACCUUGCGAAAGGCAUCACAGCCUCCUCAGAGUCCCUGAUCUUCGCCGCAGAUGGCGCAGGGGAGGAUGACGAUGAGGGGGUCUCAUCAGGGGACUAUGGGAUAGAUGGCAGUGCUCCCUGGUAUCUGCGGGUACAGGAGCUGGCACAUGACAGCCUGAUUGCAGCCACACGGGCACAGCUUGCGAGAGAUGCCAAGGCAAGCCAGGAUGCCAGAGCUGCAAGUGUCAGUAACGGUGACCACACACACAGUUUGACAGCAGACGGGGACAAGCGAGAGCUGCCGUCUCGAACCAGCCGCCCCCUUUCCAAGCAGAUCCUCCGCUGCUCAUUUGAGGGUUGCUGCAGGACGUUCACCUGGCCGGCUCAUCUCAAAUAUCACCUCAAAACACACAGGAAUGACCGAAUGUUCAGGUGCGGCGCAGAGGGCUGCGGGAAGAGUUUCUACGUGCUCCAGAGGCUGCAGGUUCACAUGAGGACUCACAACGGCGAGAAGCCCUUCAUCUGCAAGGAGAAGAACUGUGGCAAGAAGUUCACCACUGCUGGAAACUUGAAGAACCACAAACGCAUACACACAGGAGAGAAGCCUUUUCUAUGUGAAGCAGAUGGUUGUGGGCGAUCCUUUGCAGAGUAUUCCAGUCUACGAAAACACAUGCUCGUACAUUCUGGUGAGAAGCCUCAUCACUGUGGUAUCUGUGGAAAGACCUUCUCUCAGUCCGGCAGCAGAAAUGUCCACAUGAGGAAGAGACAUGGAGAGGAGGGGCUCAGCAGCGAAAGCAGAGAAACAGGAGAGGCUCUGACACAAAGCAGCCUGCUGGAGGCAGACGGUGAGAACGGAGAUGGUUUGGUCACCAUGACAACAACCGUGGAACCCAUGAAUCUUCAUCAUGCCAUGCUGAGAUCACCAGGCUCUGCAGACUCAGUGGUAGUUCUGUCCCAGCCACAUGAGCUGGUGACCAUGACGACCGAAGGCCAUGCAUAUGGAGAAGAUGUGGUGUCGCUGCUGUAGUCUGCCGUGAAAAAUGCCACACACUGCCUAUUUCAGCAGCACUAGACUCAGAGUACUAAACAUAGACAUCUAUUUGUAAAUAGAUUAAUCACUGACUUUAACCCAUGUAGAUAUUUGUAAUUAGCAACCAAUGAUGGUUUUAUUUUGACAAGUGUGAAAGGGCAGAGUUUGUACAAACAACCUUCUUUCUCAAGUUUUUGAAAAUAAAUACUCCCAAAGAAAUACUGAGACGGGUUUUAAAAAUUUAUGAUAGUAUAAUAACCAUGCAUUGUUCUGUGCACUCUCAUUGUAAACAGAAGUCUGAGGUUGAAAUGCAGUGAUGGUCUCAAAUGAACAGUGAGUGCCACUUAUUUUUAACCAAAACUUCAGUGGCUAAUAUGAUUGACUGUACAAAUUUAAAUGUACCAGACACUUGUAUACCCCAUUAUCUUUGUUAGUAAUAACAAAACACUUGCCACUGAAAGCUGCUGAAGCACAGCGUAUCAUAUUACUGCAUGUAAACACUGGUCUUGCACAGCACAUCCAGCCUAACAAGCCAGGCCACCAUGUUCAUGUAUCACCCUGAGUAAAACACAAAAACAUUUAAUCUCAAACAAAUUGUGUAUCCAUUAAUGUCCAAAGCUGCAUUAACCGAGUGUGUUAUUGGUAACAUCUUUCACUCAAAUGUCAACCUCCAGUGCUUCACUUGUUCUGAGUACGGCAACACAUUGUUCAUUUACAGCUCAAUAUAUUAACAUUGGAGAAUAAUUGCUUUUUAAAAAAGAUUAAGAAUUACUCAUGUGGUUAGUUCUGACCCUAUGAAACAAACAGCAGAUGUCUGGGGCUGUUAGAUAAGAUAGUGUCCAUUACUUGUUGUGUUUGUUAUUGAGCACCACCUAAAUCAGCAGUGUUUGUUCCUCAGUGGAUCUUCAGGUUGUGGAAGUGGUCCAAUGUGGCACCCAGAGCCCAACUUGCCUCCACGUUGUUCACUUUCUUGGUCAACUGGGAGGGGACAAAACACCAAAUCACUCAAAUGCCUUUUGUAUUUAUUGAAAUAAAAAAGUAACCGAA